UAUAUCUAUAUAUAUAUAUAUAUAUAUAUAUAUAUAUAUAUAGAUAGAUAGAUAGAUAGAUAUACACUACCAGACAAAAGAUAGAAAGAUAGAUAGAUAGAUAAAAAUAAACAAUAAACUAACAGCAGUCAAAACCUUUGAGAUGCUUCUUUUCUGUUAUCUGCAGGUCAAACGGUUUUAAUGUGAAGUAAAACUCCUUUUAUGAAAAAUAUCUGGCAGUUUUACCUCUCACCGACGCGUUUUUAAACUAAUAAAACAUUUUUUUAAAUCUCUAACUAGUUUUAAAUGGAGCCGCUGCGGGUCCGUUCUGAGCAUGCGCACAGCGGUGGCAGCGGCUGGUGGAGGAAGUUUGGAUCAAACUCGGUUCCGGUUGAUUCGCCGUUUUUCAUCAACUUUAACGUUACAUUUACGUCCCAGGUCGUCCUGGACCGCGAGUCGUCGUUUACCUGCUCAGGUGAGGCGGCAAAAGAAGCGCGUGCAGCUGAAAACAGGAAGUUAAACAGACGUGAAACAGUUUCCAGGUCGGUCUGAUGCUAAUUAGAGCCUUUAGCUAACAGCCUCACCUGGUCAGGUGUUCCUGUCUUCGACUUUACUUCCUUAAAUACCUGUGUUCAGGGUCUGUGAGCUCAUCCAGGUGUGUUCCGUCCAGGUGAGCAGGAAUGAGUUCCACAGCAGAACUGGAGCAGCUGGCAGAAUCAGGUGAGUUCACCUGAACGCAGCACCUAAAGCAGGUCGACAGUCUGGAGGUUCUCUACAGCAGAUUACUGUCAGACUCUAAGUUCACUGGAACUUACAGAACAGUAACUAAAUAUUCCCAGAAUAAUUCCAGGAUAAUAGCUAAAUAUUCCCAGAACAGUUAUUAAAUAUUCCCAGAAUAAUUAUUAAUUAUUCCCCGAACAUUUCCAGAAUAUUUCCAAAAAUAAUUCUGGAAUAAUUCUUAAAUGUUUCCUGAGUAAUUCCAGAAUAAUUACUAAAUAUUCCCCAAAUAAUUAUUCCGGAAUGAUUACUAAAUAUUUCCAGAAUAAUUCCAGAAUUAAAAGUCUUAUUUGAACACUAUAAUUAGUGUUAAUACCAUUAAUAACCUUACAGCUUGAACUGCCUAUCUCGUGUAUAUUUUGUGUGUUGUAAAUUAAACUUCAAUUCCCGUCAUGCAUCGGUCAAACUGCUGCUUUACAUCACAUCAUGAUGUCAUUUAUUCUGCUGUUAGUCUUCAUCCUGGAGCUUUGCCUUCAAAUGUAUCAUUUUUUUCAUGUUUUCCACCCAAUUCUAUUUCCAGUUCUACAUUUUCUGUAUAAUCUUAACACUAAUUCUCUGUGGGUGAUCUUAGUGCAGCCUGGUGACGACCAGCCAACAGGAAGCUGCUGAUCCUUGUCUGUUCAGAUAAACCUUGUAGAAACCUUCAGUAAAUAUUCCAGUCCGACUUCAUCAUUUGUUUAUGUGAAACUUCCUCAGAGCUGAUUAUCAGCAGAGUUUCCUCCCAGACCUCCGGCUCUGAUCCACAAACAGGAAAUCACUAAGAAACUGCAGGAAUCUGUGGCUGAAACCUGCUUUACAUCCAGACAGCUGGAGGUCAUAGAGGUCUUGGUGUGUGAAUGUGUGUGUGAAUGGGUCAAUGUGACGUAUCAUGUAAAGCGCUUUGGAUAAAAGCACUAUAUAAAUACAGCCAUCCAUUUUAUUUCAUAGACGUCUAGGUGUUCUAACCCUUCACUUUUUGUCCUACUCUAUAGCCACUUUAUAUUUAAACAUGUUUUAUCUUCUAUCCUGUAAAUACAGUUUUCACUGAUCUGUCCGUACCUACCAGCAGGAUCAUCUACACUAAACAUCAUGUUCUAUGCUGUGUACCGGUGUACCUUACAAAUAAAUGAGUUAUGAUUAGAACUGUGGAUCCAUUCAUACAUUUUGUGUCUCAGAUAAUAAAUCAGUGAACUGGAAGCAGCAACAUUUACUGAUGAAGAAGAAGAAGAAAAGGUGUUUCAUGAGUGAAGUUUAUUGUUAUUAUUAUUAUUUUUAUUGUUAUACUGAAGUCAAACCAGCCACACUCAGAUUAUACAGGCGUGUUGCAGACAUGUUACAGGCGUGCUGCAGACAUGUUACAGGCGUGUUGCCGACAUGUUACAGACAUGUUCCAGGCGUGUUGCAAACAUGUUCCAGGUGUGUUGCAGACAUGUUGCAGGUGUGUUGCAGACAUGUUCCAGGCGUGUUGCAGACAUGUUACAGGCGUGUUGCAGACAUGUUACAGGCGUGUUGCAGACAUGUUACAGACAUAUUACAGGUGUGUUGCAAACAUGUUCCAGGUGUGUUGCAGACAUGUUCCAGGUGUGUUGCAGACAUGUUCCAGGCAUGUUGCAGACAUGUUCCAGGCAUGUUGCAGACAUGUUCCAGGCAUGUUGCAGACAUGUUGCAGACAUGUUCCAGACAUGUUACAGGUGUGUUACAGGUGUGUUGCAGACAUGUUACAGUUGUGUUGCAGACAUGUUACAGUUGUGUUGCAGACAUGUUACAGGUGUGUUGCAGACAUGUUACAGACAUGUUACAGGUGUGUUGCAGACAUGUUACAGGUGUGUUGCAGACAUGUUACAGGUGUGUUGCAGACAUGUUACAGGUGUGUUGCAGACAUGUUACAGGUGUGUCACAGACAUGUUACAGACAUGUUACAGGUGUGUUGCAGACAUGUUACAGGUGUGUUGCAGACAUGUUACAGGUGUGUUGCAGACGUGUUACAGACAUGUUACAGGUGUGUUACAGACAUGUUACAGGUGUGUUUCAGACAUGUUACAGGUGUGUUGCAGGCACGUUGCAGACAUGUUCCAGGCGUGUUGCAGACAUGUUCCAGGCGUGUUGCAGACAUGUUACAGGUGUGUUACAGACAUGUUACAGGUGUGUUUCAGACAUGUUACAGGUGUGUUGCAGGCACGUUGCAGACAUGUUCCAGGCGUGUUGCAGACAUGUUCCAGGCGUGUUGCAGACAUGUUACAGGUGUGUUGCAGACAUGUUACAGGUGUGUUGCAGGCACGUUGCAGACAUGUUACAGGUGUGUUGCAGACAUGUUACAGGUGUGUUGCAGACAUGUUACAGGUGUGUUGCAGACAUGUUACAGGUGUGUUACAGACAUGUUACAGGUGUGUUGCAGACAUGUUACAGGUGUGUUGCAGACAUGUUACAGGUGUGUUGCAGGCGUGUUGCAGACAUGUUACAGGCGUGUUACAGGUGUGUUGCAGACAUGUUACAGGUGUGUUGCAGACAUGUUACAGGUGUGUUGCAGACAUGUUACAGGUGUGUUACAGACAUGUUACAGGUGUGUUGCAGACAUGUUACAGGUGUGUUACAGACAUGUUACAGGUGUGUUGCAGGCACGUUGCAGGCGUGUUGCAGACAUGUUACAGGUGUGUUGCAGGCGUGUUGCAGACAUGUUACAGGCGUGUUGCAGACAUGUUACAGGCAUGUUGCAGACGUGUUGUAAACCGUGCUUCCUACGUGUGCCAGAGCUGCAGAAGGAGGAUGAAGAGCAGCAUUGUGUCUCAGAUGUUCCAUCACUUCCUCCCACCUGCAGUCUUGACUCCUCCUACCCAUAUUACGACGUGGCUCGACAUGGCAUCAUCCAGGUGUCAGGUGACGAUCACUUCGGCAGGAAGUUGAUCAGCUUCAGCAGCUGCCUUCUUCCUCCGUCUCACCAGCUGGACCACCGCCGCCUGCUGGAGUACCUGAGGUUCACCUUAGACCAGUACGUGGAGAUGGACUACAUCCUGGUUUACUUCCAUCAUGGUCUGAGGAGCAGCAACAAGCCGUCCCUCAGCUGGUUACGGCAAGCUUACGGAGAGUUUGACAGGAAAUACAAGAAGAACCUGAAGACUCUGUAUGUCGUCCAUCCAACAAACUUCAUCAGGAUCGUGUGGAACAUCUUCAAACCUCUGAUCAGUCACAAGUUUGGGAAGAAGCUCAAGUACGUGAACUACCUGUCGGAGCUGCGAGAACACCUGAACCUGGAGCAGCUGGUGGUUCCUGCAGACGUUCUCAGACACGACGAGAAGCUGCAAGCAGCUCAGACAGGUGGAGCCCCGCCCACCGUGAGAACACCUCCACCCCGACCGCCGCUGCCAACCCAACAGUUUGGAGUCAGUCUGCAGUACAUUAGAGAGAAGAACCGAGGCGCCGUCAUCCCACCUGUCAUGGCUCAGACCGUCUCCUACCUGAAGGAUAAAGGUCUGAGGACGGAGGGGAUCUUCAGACGUUCAGCUCGUGUUCAGGUCAUCAAAGACGUCCAGAAGCUUUAUAACCUCGGGAAACCUGUGAACUUUGACGACUAUGAAGACGUUCACGUUGCUGCUGUGAUUCUGAAAACGUUUCUGAGGGAACUUCCUGAACCUCUGCUGACCUUCAGACUCUACAGCUGCAUCCAGGAGAUCACCAGUGUGGAGAGCAGCCUCCGGGUCGGCAGGUGUCGACAGAUCAUGGAGAGUCUACCUGAACAUCACUUCAUCGUGGCCAAGUUCCUGCUGGGUUUCCUCCAUCAGGUGUCUCAACAGAGUCUGACCAAUAAGAUGAGUCCGUCCAACCUGUCCUGUGUCUUCGGUGUGAACCUGGUCCGGCCUCGUCAUGGUUCCAUCUCCCUGUCAGCUCUGACUCCCAUCAACAUCUUCACCGAGAUCCUCAUCGAGCACCACGACGCUGUGUUUGGCUCCCGCUGCACACCUGUACAGGUAACCCCCUGAUAAACACCUGUACAGGUAACCCCCUGAUAAACACCUGUACAGGUAACCCCCUGAUAAACACCUGUACAGGUAACCCCCUGAUAAACACCUGUACAGGUAACCCCCUGAUAAACACCUGUACAGGGAACACCCUGAUAAACACCUGUACAGGGAACCCCCUGAUAAACACCUGUACAGGGAACACCCUGAUAAACACCUGUACAGGGAACACCCUGAUAAACACCUGUACAGGGAACACCCUGAUAAACACCUGUACAGGGAACACCCUGAUAAACACCUGUACAGGGAACACCCUGAUCCACAGACUCUAAACUUUUUGCUCUCAGGACGUUUGUAAACUUGUAUUUUGUUAAUUCUAAAGCUGUAAAAGAGAGACUUCAUUGAAUUUAAACCAGAAGCUAUUUUUUUAAUCAAAUGUUGGGUUCAAACUGAGUUUUUCAUAUUUUUAUACUUUUUUAAAUACAUUUUUAUACUGUACAGCCUGGUUCUAUGGAGAACACUGAGGUUCUACAGACACACUGCACAGCCUGGUUCUAUGGAGAACACUGAGGUUCUACUGACACACUGCACAGCCUGGUUCUAUGGAGAACACUGAGGUUCUACUGACACACUGUACAGCCUGGUUCUAUGGAGAACACUAGGGUUCUCCUGCAGAUUCUGCAGCGCUGAGCUGUGAUUGGCUGCUGAGCUGUUUGCAUGGUGGUGUUGCCAUGGUAACAGGAAGAGCAGCAGAAUCUGAUAGAUCAAUAAUCAAUAAAUGUUCUCAAAGCACAGUUACAAAAGUACAGUUUAAAAACAAACAAGUUCUGUAAUAAAUGUUCUGUAGUAAAUGUUCUCUAAUGGACAUUCUAGAGUAAAUGUUCUGUUCUAAAUGUUCCAUAAUAAAUGUUCCAUCAUGUUCUGUAAUAAAUGGUUGAUAAUAAAUGUUAUAUACUAAA